GUGUACAUUAAGAAGCAGAUAACGAAAACAUGCUCAUUUACUGCAUAUUUUGAAUAGGCCAUCAACAAUCCUUGCAGAGCUUUUUACAGCUCUUUUGCCACAGAUGGGCCAUUUGACUUGAUAUAUAACUGGAAACAUGCUUCUUGAACCCAAAAACUUGACGUGGACACUGAUGCUGCUGUUCCUGCCGGGUGCUCUUUGCAGUGAAUGGAAAUUGGUGAAUCCGCAGCCACAUAUCUGUGCAGUGAAAGGCUCGUCAGUUGUCAUUCUCUGUUCUUUUUACUAUCCUGACACCCUGAGAGUGGAAAGAUUAAUGUGGGGUCAUGUAAGGUCUCAACGUUUCAGUGGUCGCUUCAUCUCUGACAAGAAUAUCGAAAAAUUUGCCACAAGAUUUCAGUAUAUUGGUGACAUGCAUCACAACUGUUCUCUACGAAUACACCAUGUGGAGCAUAAUGAUGCAGGAAAAUAUGCUUUUAGAUUCAUAACUGACUCCAGAGGUAUCAGUUGGACUGGCCCAGCUGGCUCAUUAGAGGUUGUUGAUUUGAACAUUUCAAUGACAAAACCCGAUGGGAGCAGAGCAACAAAGGAGGGCGACUCUGUGAAUCUGACCUGCAUAAACAGCUGUGAUGGCAGAAACAUUUCAUCUGCUUUCACCUGGUUUAAGAAUGGAAAACCCUUCCAUGAAGGAGCUGUACUUUAUUUAAGCAACAUAUCCUCCAAAAGCUCUGGAAACUACACUUGUUCGCUUAAAACACACAAAGGAACAACUUCAGGAGUCAUAAAUAUUGAUGUUGAAUAUGGCCCUAAGAACACGUCAGUGUCUGGCAGACCAUCGACGGAGGUGUACACUGGCAGUAACACCCUCGUCUGCAGCAGCCAUGCAAACCCCCCAGUGGACAAUUAUACUUGGUUUAAAAAGGCUAAUGAUAAUAUUGUGGAUGUUGGACACCAGCCUGUGUUUUUCCCUGGUGAUGGUGGUCAGUAUUUCUGCAGCGCCGCCAACAAACAUGGAAGUCAAAACUCUUCUGUUGUGACUGUAAAGAUUAAACCAUAUUGGCAAACCUUUAUAAGAGAUGUACUUAUGACUGCUGCUGUUGCUGUGCCUUUUAUGGGGAUCAUUAUCAUUGCCGUCAGAAGACUCCGUGGAAAAGAGAAGACACCAAAGACAGACUGUGAGGAGGACGGCAUAGAGGAUUCAGACUACGUCAACUGGCUCAACUGUGACAACCAAUCACAAGAGAGGAUUCAGUGUGAGCGAGGAACAACAGAAGUCAUCUAUACAAGUGUACACUUCAACAACGAAAGACAGUCAAACAUGAGGCACCGAACAGACUCCCAGACUGAUGAAAAUGUGAUUUACAUCACACUGUGAAGGAACCAACCGCUGAACCUUUCAUAUAUUGAGCCUACCUAAUCUGGCAACAAAUAUAUGCCGAUUGCAGUAGUAUUUAUGAUUUGAUUUGAUUUUUAUUAGGAAUUUAAAAGCUCAACGGAGUAUCAUGACAAAAAAUCCCAGAGGAUAGCAUUUAAAGUGACAUAACUAAAGUGGUCCUAAAGUGAGUCAUAUGGUAGUUAUAUGGUCUCAACUUAUUCUCAUUCCCACGUUUACAAGCACUAAUGCUUUGUCGUGCCCCCCAGUGUGUCAUAGCAACACACAGGGUACCUUUUAGUGUCUCAGCGUGACACACAGCAGAAAUACAUUGUAAAAUGUUGUGAAACAGUAGCAGUCAGGUUUAGGCAACAAAACUACUGGGUUAGGUUCGGUGAAAAGAUCAUGUCUUGGGUUUAAAUAAGUAAGUUGGAUUCGUAGCAACAUAAGACGUAAAUACAUCAAGUAAGUGACGACUGCGUAAGACAAUGGGCUAAUUUGAGCUGAGCUGCGUCUCGCCUGGACAGACAGAGCAGGUCAGCAGGAGACAGUGACAAAAAGCUGCGAUCAAGUCGGACAUAUUUCUCAUUUUUCCAGCAGCCUUCGGUCUGUACAGGAAGUCACAGAAGCACCCACAUCCUGUUAGAUUGGAUUCAGAUCUUAUCAUAUCUUAUCAUAUUCAGAUCUUAUCAUAUCAUUUAUCAGUCUGUUUACAGUCUCCAGUUAUUGUAUUGAUGGACAAUGUUGUAAACUUUUCAAAUAUUAUAUAGGCGAUCUGUGAUUUCUGUUCAUGGUUCAGCCUUUAUUUACACAAAUUCUAAUGUAUAUCAGCAGUAUAUCAUUUUGCUGCUGUAUUUAAAUCCGCUGAGUGAUUCUGUCACCCUCAAACUACAUCAGUAAAUCAAAACUGUCAUAACAGCUCUCAGUGCAGGUCAGUCAGACAGCCUAUAGUCAGGGCUUCACAUCUGUACACAUGUUAUUUUAAGAAUCCUCACAUCCCACUUAGACUACUGACCACAAGUUCUGCUGUUUUAAUCCUCCUUUCUUCAAAAUAAUCAAAAUACUAUACAAUAGACUCUGUGUAGUUUAUAAUUAAUGUAUUUAGUCUUUGUGAUGGCAAAACAUCAUCAUAAGUCACAACAUGUACCCUGUUAACAGAAAAACCUUCAAAUAAGACAAAUGAAGUCUAAAUCUCUGAAAUUCAACCAAAAUAAAAAGUUUAUCUGACACGUCAUAUUGGUGAGUCAGCAUCUGAACCAAUCAGCUGUUCGAUCAGCUGAGAGCCACGCUUUAACAGUCGGCGGAGAGUAACUGCGUUGCCUGGCUCUAAAAUCUGCUGCUACUGCUGUUCUACUGCUUCAGCUCAGUUGAGAGAGAUCAUCUGUCCGUCUUCAGAGCCUCCCGCUGAGCGAAACAUCUCCUCCGUGUGAGUGCUGCUGGUGUUUAUUGUUGUGAUGGUACAUCGAUUCCCUGCCUGUCCUUGCUGAUCCCGCUGCCUGCUCCUACUGGAUUCGUCUGUUCCACUUCCUGCCUGCCUGACGCCAACUCUGCUUCCUCCUUGACCACGAGAGCUGCCCGCCCCUCUCUGGAGUCCCCGCUUUUCCCACAGGCUCCCUGCUGUAAGUAUUUCUGAAACUUACCUCAUACAUUCACCUGCCAGUUUGCUCCACAUUCAUAAUUUCCCCACUCGAACUCUGAACUAUCGCCUGUGAACAUGAGUUCAUCCCAGUCCCUCUAUGAACUCUGCUCGACCCUUGAACUCUGCUCCACCCCAAAUUGAAGUGUCCCUACUUACCUGCAACCUGAUUAUACUCACCUUUGCUCCAUUCAACCUGCGAAAAGACUAAAAAAAUGUCAUUAUCAACUACUCUCCUGUUCUGUUGUGCUGCAAUUGGGUCUCACCGCUCCUUAUUUCAAUAAUAUGUUAAACCAACACUGAGUUUUUGUUUUCCACAGGAUACGAACUUGUGAAAACUGUGUAAAACUGUAGUUUUGCUUGACCCACCCACCUUAUAGGGACAUUCCUCCUUGAAUUACAUUGUUACCUGCAUUGUUUCAAGCUGACACUGUCUGGUGGCGUAUCAUACUGCUGCGAAUGGUGCCUUUUUGUGUUGGUGUCUGGUGCUAAAAUCAUUGACCAAGUGGUUUUUGAUGAUAAAGAUAAUUGUUAUAACCCAGACAACAAGAAAAGACAAAUUGGGACUCGUCUUCCCCUUAACACUAACACGUCUAACCCUAAAGGAAAAGACCAUCAAAAGUCACGAACCAAAAAGUUUUACAGAAUUUUAUUUGAAAUUUUGUGCACAAGAGAUGUCUCUAUUAGACAGAAAUGAACAUAAAGUUUUUAAAGAAAUCUAGUGGUAAAUUUGGGCUUCUAAAAGAUUUAACAUUAAGUCUGCCAUCAGACUCCCCGCUCAUAUUGUUAUGUUAGCUGAGUCUGUGAAGGUGAUGCACAUCUUGGCAUCAAAAUGUAGUCUGAUGGGAAAUUUAGCUAAACCUGCUGCUCAGGGAAUAUGUGUUUUUAUUUAUUGCAGUGAUUUUGGUGUGUGUGUGUGUGU